UUGUCAACGUACCCGGAAGAUACCGAGGGUUUGGGUAAUAGCGCGGCGGGAGCCAAGGGAACGGCUAUCUCAUCUGCCUCUCGAGAGCGCCCCCUUCUCGGGCUUGCGGACCCUGCGGCUCGAAUGGCUCCGGUGUCUCGCUCGCGCAGCCCGGAGUGGGACGCCUUGGGCUCCGGGGGAAAGCGGCGCAGCUCAUCCCGGAGCCCUAAGCCCAGCAGAGCCGCCCGCUCCCCGCGGGGUCGGCGUUCGCGUUCGCGUUCGCGCUCGCGCUCGCGGGACCGGAAUGGCCUGAGCCAUCAGCUGGGCAGCCUGAGCCAAGGCUCCCGGAACCAGUCCUUCCGGUCCCGCUCGCGCUCGCGCUCCCGGGAGCGCCCCACAGCGCCCCGGAGCGCCCUGUUCGCUUCAGCCUCGUCGUCCACCUAUUACGGUGGGUAUUCUCGCCCCUAUGGCACCGACAAGCCCUGGCCUAGUCUCUUGGAUAAGGAGAGGGAGGAGAGCCUCCGACAGAAGAGGUUAAGUGAACGAGAAAGGAUUGGAGAAUUGGGGGCCCCUGAAGUGUGGGGACUAUCCCCAAAGAAUCCAGAACCAGACUCCGAUGAACAUACUCCAGUUGAAGAUGAAGAACCAAAGAAAGGCACUACUUCAGCUUCGACAUCUGAAGAUGAAAAGAAGAAGAGGAAGAAACUGAGCCGCUCAAAGGAACGAUCCAAGAAGAGACGAAAGAAAAAAUCAAAGAGAAGGCAUAAGAAAUAUUCUGAUGAUAGUGAUAGUGACUCUGAUUCUGACUCAGACUCCAGCGAUGAAGGUACAAAAAGGAGGACAAAGAAAAACAAGAAAAAGGAAAAAAAGAAGAAGCAUCGAUCGAAGAAAUACAAGAAAAAGAGGUCUAAGAAGAACAGAAAAGACUCGAGCGACUCUAGUUCAAGAGAUUCCCAGGAAGAGUUUCUGGAAAACCCCUGGAAGGAUCGAACAAAACCUGAGGAGCCUUCAGAUUUGAUUGGCCCAGAGGCUCCAAAAACACUGACUUCUCAAGAUGAUAAACCUUUGAAUUAUGGCCAUGCUCUAUUACCUGGUGAAGGUGCCGCUAUGGCUGAAUAUGUCAAAGCUGGAAAACGUAUCCCCCGACGAGGUGAAAUCGGCUUGACCAGUGAAGAAAUUGCAUCAUUUGAAUGCUCAGGUUAUGUAAUGAGUGGCAGCAGGCAUCGCCGGAUGGAGGCUGUACGACUGCGGAAAGAAAACCAGAUCUACAGUGCUGAUGAGAAGAGAGCCCUGGCCUCCUUUAACCAAGAAGAGAGACGGAAGAGAGAAAACAAGAUAUUGGCCAGUUUCCGAGAGAUGGUUUACAGAAAAACCAAAGGGAAAGAUGACAAAUAAGAAGUUUCUAGUCAUGCAGUAGACGUUUUUUUUAAACAAAUGAAAAUCGGGGUUCCAUAUAGACAUAUAAAAAGAUUAUGAUGAUCUGAACAAGCUUCACAGUGCUGCUGUGCCUUCUGUUCUCCAGUCUUUUAAUAAAAAGCUGCUGAUUGAUUAUAAUCUUAGCAGGUGAUUUGGGUUGUUUUGGACGGACCAUAAUCUCUGUCUGAUUUUAAAAUCCAGAUUAUGAGUGAACUACUGUUCUGCAGAGGGCAGCGUGGAGAGAAGGUGCCAGUGAGAUGCGUAGCUUCACUCUCACACCAUAGGGAGCGCUACUGUUAACGCGAUGUGAUGCCUCCUCUCCCGCAACCAACUGAACUUCAGAAAGAAAAAAAAAAGAUCAUUUCUCUAUGAGCAUUAUAAAUGAUCUUGAGAGAGACAUAGGAGGGCACUUUUGUGAACAAAAAAAGCAUUGCUAUAAAAACAAAAAGUGCAAACCAGGAACUUGAAAAUUAGCUUGUAUAAUACAGUAUAUAGUGUGUCCUGGAAAUUAUUUAUUUUGGUUUAGUCCCCAUCUCCUCCCCAAAACCAAAAAGCAAGCUAACCUGCAAACUUGUUGAGUUGAAAGGUUUCAUUUUUUUUAAGUUCUUAAUAGGUUAAUUAAAAAUGGUUGUUUCAGGUAUAAAACUUUGGGAGGUCUACUGUUGUGCCAAUGUAAGAAUAUUAUUUUCGUGGAGGCUAGAUCAUCUAAAUCUUCUUUAAAUUUUAUUUAUUAUUGGAUAGAGACAGAGAGGAAUCGAGAGAGAUGGGGAAGAGAGACAGAGUCACCUGCAGCCCUGCUUCACCACUCGUGAAGCUUUCCCCCUGCAGGCGGGAACCUGGGUCCUUGCACACUAAUGUGAGUGCUUAGCCAGGUACACCAUCGUCUGGCCCCUUAGAUUUUUUUUUUAAUACUGGAAAUGAAUGAGGGAAUCCCAUGUGAUCUAUAGUUUGAUAUGAAAGCAUAUAAUAAAUUAUAUCAGUGCUAUAGAUGGAGCUCAUUAAAAGGUUUUGCCUGUUUUUUAUGUAAUAAGAUUUUAUUUCAACAUUGUUAAAGCUCUCAAUUUAUAUUUUAUAUCUGUCAUGCAGUUUUGUCUUUGUAUAGAAUGUUCUCAUUUUACCACUGUCUUAUGGCUAUUGUAGACCUCACAGUGAGUUCUGUUUAUCACCAUUUCUGCCUGGCCUACUAAAUCUACUGUUUCUAAAAGUUAAAAGGGAACUAGAUCCCACCAUUUGGAGUCUUAACCUGUUGGCAAAAUUUUCUGUGAGAGAAUCUAAAUUUAUCACCCCUAUGUGAAAAGUCAUUCUCUAAAAACAUAUUUUUUGUUCCAGAUUUCGAGUGACCAAAUGAGUUUGUUCUUGUGUCUCAGUAAGCAAGGUAGUGUAAACAUAGCGAUGUUUGUGACGUGAAUACUGUGGGUUUUUGUUGAAUUCGUCUGCCCCCUCUAUAGAUCCUCAAGAAAUGAAAUGUGAAAGAUAAUGUGUUCAUUUGUGAACUUUACCACUUCUUUCCUCAGGGUUUGUUCUGCCAAAGAACAGCUUCCAUAGCAUAUUCUUUGGGAAAGAGGAGAGAAUAAGAAAAGGACAAAAAGGCUCCCCCCCCCUCUUUUUUCUCUCUCUCUUCAGCUUAUGAGAAUUACUGUUUCAACCUGUAUUUGGUCUCAUCUGAGCCAUAAGUCAAGCGGUGGGGGGCUGUCCGAAAUGAAAGCUAUGUUUUGUAUUUCCAGGUAGAUCAAUCUAGUUCCCCACUCUGCUUAUCUAGUACACUGAUAACAUUUUUUUUCUUCUUAUUGCACAAAGUCAGUAGUUAAAGAAGAAAAUGUACCCACAUUCUUAGCACAUCAGUUGCCUUCAGUAUUCAGUGUUCCCUUCCAGUGCCUGUCUCCAUAAGCACGUGACCUGGCACACCUCUAAUGACUCAAAGUAUUGAAAACACUUGCAGACAGGUAAGCAAGUGCAGUCAAGAAACCCAUCCCUAGUUCCUAGCUUCCAGUUUCUGGUUAUCAGAAUGUACUCUUUUACCAGUAUGACUUCAAUUCACAGGCAACAGAAAAGUCUGCAAGAUCAGGAAACCUUUCAGACUGGUUCUGUUAGGAAUCCUGGAACCAUUGCCACUUUGCUCUUUUCCAGUUUUUCUCAUGACGAAUGUCCUGGGUGGAGAAUUAAUUGGAGGGGGGGAAGUAGCCACAUACCAAUCUCGUGUUUUGUUUUGUUUUGUUAAAGAUGUAUUUAUUCAUAGUGGGGGAGGGUGAGAACCAGAGCAUCACUCUGACACUUGUGAUGGCCAGAAACUGUACUCAGAACCUCAUGUAUGAGAGUCUAAUGCUUAAUCCAACUCCUGGUCACCUCAGUGUGGUGUUAGAGGUGAAUUUUACCAACUCUCUAAUCUCAGCUUCUGUACCUGUAAGACUCUUGAGUGAUGAAGAUUGUGGAGGGGCAAAACUUGGAGAAAACAGGAAACGGUCUUACUAAUGUAAGGGAAGUUACCCAAUGGAAACUGAAUGAAUGCAACACAAAAGACAGCUGGAUUGUGUGUCACAAGUUUAUUCUUCAAUAAAAAGCCUGUGAUCUGA